GCCGGAUUGUGAACAACAACUGACAGCUGUUCACCAGCAGCUGUCAAAAGCCUUGGUCUAAAAGUUUACUACUGUUGCAGAGUGACAUACCGGGCGACACGAAGACACGGAUAAUCAAACAGCUAUGUUACAGUUUUUUUUAUGUUCCUUGACAAUUAGCAACCGAACAUGAAACAAGCGAAAAGCAAAAGCGAAACCGAAAGAAAGCGAGUCGGAUUUCCGCUAGCAGCUAGCUGCCCGUGGACAGACGGUGGAGAAAGGUAGAGCCUCUGGAGUCGAACCAACCACCAACAAGAAGCGAUGGGAGUGAUAGCAUGGGCGUUGGGCAUCGUUCUCCUCGAUGCGUUCCUGUGUUUAGCGCAGCUGGCCGGGCUGCUGCUGUGGGAGUGCUCCAGCUGUGGCGGACUGGCAGGAGCGUGGGCCUUUGGGCUAUCAAAGUGGGUUUUCCUCCAUGUUUUCAUCUCUGCCCUGACAGAUGAAAAACACCGGGCAUUACUUCAAAGGUUUGCAGCGCUCCUCUGCCUUAUUUCUCCUGUGUUUGAAACUGGACGGAGCCUCACUUCACCUUCCUCGGAGCAGCACGCUGGGCCUUCUCUGGACCCCAGCAUGCUGUUGUUGGGAGCCGCGUCGUCAUCGCUGGCCUGUUUAACGUGGGAAAAGUGGCUUUCACGAGGUGGACAGAUGACAAAAGACGAUCUGGAUACUAGACGUUUGCUGACGAGAGUGCUGACUUACUUCAAACCAGACACCAUUCUUCUGAUUGCAGCUUUUGGCUUCCUCAUCAUGGGAGUCAUCUGUGACACUUAUAUCCCUUUAUAUCAGGGGAAAGUGAUCGACAUGCUAAGCGGCCAACAUCUACAAGAUGGCUUUGGUUAUGCAGUCGGACAUCUAGUGCUUAUUUCCUCUGGAAGCGCGCUGUUCUCUGGCAUGAGAGGAGGUAUUUUUAAGGCUGCUUUGGCCAGACUGAACAACAGACUGAAGCAUCUGCUGUUUCACAACCUCCUGAAGCAGGAGGUGCACUUCUUUGAGGAGAACAACCCAGGUCGGCUGUCCUCCCGCCUGCACAGCGACGUAGACCGGAUGGGACGAACGGUGGCGCUGAACGCUAACGCAGUUGUUCGCAGCACAGUGAAAACCGUCCUCAUGCUUAGAGUGAUGUUGGGCCUGUCCUGGGAGCUAACGUUGCUCACCUGCAUAGAGAUGCCCCUCCUGGCCAUACUGCAAAAUAAAUACACCAACCUGUCCAAGGACCUAAAAGAUCAGACCCAGGAAUGCCACGCUCAGAACAAAGAUCUGGCUUCCCAGGUAAUCGGCGGGAUCCGAACGGUCCGCAGCUUCAACGCAGAGAAAGAUGAGCUUAGGAGGUACCACGAGGCUCUAAAUGAACUGCGUGCCAUCAGCAGACGAUCAUCCAUAUACAGCGCUGUUUAUCUUCUAAUACGAAGGCUGGUUUCUCUGUGUAUAAAGAUAUUUAUGCUGAUUCAAGCCCGAAGCCUCAUCUCCUCUGGUCAGCUCACCAUUGGCAGUCUGGUCUCCUUUUUCUUGUACCAGAAGCCCAUGUCGGUCAAUCUAAGGGAGAUCAUGUAUUGCUACGGAGAAACGAUGUCCACAGUAGGAGUAAUUUCCAAAGUGCUGAGUUACGUUGACAGGACACCAAAAUGCACGGUGGAGGGAAACUUGGCUCCACAGAACCUGGACGGGAGAAUAGUUUUCCAAAAUGUCAAUUUCAGUUAUCCCUCUGCUCCUUCAGAUAAACCAGCUCUAAAGUCGGUGUCGUUUGAAAUCCAUCCGGGGAAGAUCACAGCUCUGGUCGGUCCCUCCGGUGGUGGGAAGAGCUCCUGCGUCAGCCUCCUGAAGCGGCUGUACGAGACUCAGGAGGGUCAAAUCCUGCUGGACGGCCAGCCGCUGCACCGUUACGAAAGAAAAUACUUCCAUCAGAAGGUAGCGUUGGUUUCCCAGAAUCCUGUGCUGUUUUCUGGUUCCCUGAAGUACAACAUAGAAUAUGGUCUGGAGAAACCCGCUGUGGAGGAGAGGAUGAAAGAAGUUGCAAAGAAGAUCAAUGCCCACAGGUUCAUCUCUGAAAUGGCGAAUGGCUAUGACACAGAUAUCGGAGAGUGUGGAGGCAAACUGUCAGAAGGACAGAAGCAGAGCCUCGCCAUCAUCAGAGCUCUGCUCAGAGAGCCGCAGGUCAUCAUCCUGGACGAGGCUACAAGCAAGCUGGAUGUAGAUGCAGAGAAGGUGGUGCUGAAUGAGGUUCUGGCUCGUGGACGGUCGGUUCUGAUCGUGGCUCAUCAGCUGAGCAUCGUGGAGAAGGCGGAUCACAUCAUUUUCAUGGAGGACGGCUCGGUCAGGGAGGAGGGGACCCAUCAGGAACUCAUGAACAAAAAAGGACGCUACUUCCGUUUAAAGGAGGAGCUGUUCUCUGAAAGCAGCUGAAGAAAUCUUCAAGAAGACAACUAACAAAUACUCCUCAUCUUAUUUUUCCCUAAAGGGAAUCAGCGGUUUACUGUAUAUCAUGCGUUUGAUGUUCUGAAUUAACAUUGUUUCUGACAGAAGAGCUGAAAUGUUUCAUGUUUUCUGGUCUUUACCAGCCAGGUUGAUAGUCAGAGUACAGCAAAUGAUGUGGAUGUGGACAUCUACUUGUCACAUCUGUUAUUGCAGAAGAUUGUAAUUUCGUUUUUUUUUUUGUUUUUUUUUGUUUCAGUUAACCUCAUAUAAACUUUGCAAUGUAUAAUGGCUGCCAAAAAUAUUCAGACCUUUUGCAUUUUAUUACAUUUUGUUCAGUUGCAGCCACAACAUUAAUAUAUUUUGUCAGGAUGCACAAAGUAGUUCAUAACUGUGAAGCGGAAAGGAAAUGACAAAUGAACGUCUUACAAAUAAAAAUUCUGAAACUGA